CCAGUAAUAUUCACUUAUGCACGAAGGAAAAGCAACCAGGUCAGAUGCCAAACAGGGAAGCAGCCAAGUCGGUUAAGUAACAGAAAUUAAUUCAUGUGCAUGCCGUUUUGUUAAUUUGUUAGUUGUUGGGGAGGGUAGUGAGUUGGAAAAUUUGUCAAUAAAUGUAAAAGGGAAAGGAGGGGUAGAGGUAUGGAAAAUUCAAGUGUCUAGUAGGAGAGUUGAAGCCUCUCGAAUACUCCUGGUCAUGUUUUGUUCAUCAUUUCAGUUCAAUAAACAUUAAAAUUCAGUCCAGAUCCCUUCAUUUUAGCCUUUCAAUCUGUGAUCCCAGAGCAGGGUCCCAUCAAUUUGGUAUUAGAGCAUCCAACACCUGGGAAAAUGACACUGUCUGAUCGGGUGGACUCGCUGGAAGGGUAGAUAGAGGGUGUGCAGAAGGAUAUGGCCUCAUUAAUGGAAAAAAUCGAUGUAUUGAUGGGGCAGUGGGCUGAAACGGAGAGAAGAAGGAAGGAGAAGAGUCCCCACGAACCAUCCUCAGAUUCCCCAAGUAGACCGGAACCGAAGGCUAGAAAUGCCCAUUUUCGAUGGUGAGAACCCGGAUGGCUGGAUUUUCAGAGCAGAACGAUAUUUUAACAUGAAUCAAUUAUCGAAUUGCGAGAAAUUAGAGGCGGCGGCAGUUUGCUUCGAGGGAGAGGCACUGGCUUGGUUCCAAUGGGAGGACGAUAGGCAGCCCAUGCGCCGGUGGGAAGAUCUUAAAACCUUGGUCAUGGAGCGAUUUCGUACGUCACAAGAAGGAACCCAGCUGGAGAAGUUGCUAGCGCUAAGGCAGGUAAGCUCCGUGAGGGAUUAUCGGCGCCAAUUUGCAGCACUGGCUGCUCCCCUGCCACCGAUCCUUGAAGAAGUUCUGGAAUGUAAUUUUGUCAAUGGGUUGACACCUAUUAUACGGGCCGAAGUUAGGAUGAUGAAACCCCAUGGAUUGGCCCAUACCAUGGUACUAGCCCAAUGAGUUGAGGAUAGAAGUGCUGCAAUUGAUCAGCCGAGCUUCAAUACGGC